AACUCGAUAAAGCUUACGAGUCCAACCGUCAUUAAAACCCAGAAGUAGAAGAGUCCUCCAGUUUAUACUGUAACUAAGACACACAGUUAGUCCGAUCAGCCUGAUAUAACCCUGAAGGAAUUGAAGCUUUGCAGAUCCCGAGCGCACGCCGUUUAUCAUUAAUCGGUUAGUCCUCCUGCGGCACUAAACUCUGCACCUUCUCCUUUCGCAGAAACCUCCGCGCCUUGUCCGAGCAGCCAAGUGACAUUGUGAAUCGAUGAGCCAUGUCCUCCCCCAGUCAGCCAUUCCACCUGGUGUCUCCUUUGCUGGAGAGUCUAUCACUGACCAAGAUUGUUGGAGCUCCGGUGUUCCUCAAGAUGGACAACACCCAACCCUCUGGUUCUUUUAAAAUUAGAGGGAUUGGUCACUACUGUCAGCAGGCUGCCACUCACGACUGUCAAGGCUUCGUCUGCUCUUCAGGGGGUAAUGCCGGCUUAGCCACUGCGUAUGUGGCCAGGAAGCUGAACAUCCCAGCCACUGUCAUUGUCCCCUCGUCAACUCCAGAUUUGACGGUUCAGAAGCUGCGGGAAUACGGAGCCUCUGUGCAGGUGUUUGGACAGGUGUGGGACGACGCUGACAGGGAAGCUCACAGGCUGGCUGAAAGUCAAGGCUUGAAGUACGUCCCACCAUUUGACCACCCGCUCAUCUGGCAGGGCCAUUCGACAGUCGUGAAGGAGCUCCGAGACCACCUUCCCACUAAACCUGGAGCCAUAGUAGUCGCAGUGGGCGGAGGGGGGCUGCUGUGUGGAGUGGCCGAGGGCGUGAAGGAAGUGGGCUGGGAGGAUGUGCCCAUCAUCGCCAUGGAAACCAUUGGGGCCGACAGUCUGAAUGCGGCAGUGAAGGCCGGCAAGCUGGUGACCCUCCCGGACAUCACGAGUGAAGCCAAGUGCCUCGGAGCCAAGACUGUGUGCCCAAGGGCACUGGAGGUCACCCAGCAGUUGCCGAUUCUGUCGCAUGUUGUCACCGAUCAGCAGGCUUUGCAGGCCAUAAAGAGCUUCUUAGAUGAUGAGCGAGUGCUGGUCGAGCUUUCCUGCGGGGCCGCACUGGGGGCCAUCUACAGCGGACUGAUCACUAGACUGCAGACGCAGGGACAGCUACCUGCCCAGCUGGGCCCCCUAGUGGUCAUUGUGUGCGGUGGCAGCGGCAUCAACCUGGACCAACUUCUGAAGUACCAGGAAAAAAUAAUGAAAGGUUAAAAAUGGAACAAAGUGGGGGCGAGGAUUGGGGGAUGGUGUUGAUGGUUAUGUGUUUUGGGGGGGGGGGGGUCUGGUUCAUUACUUACAUCCAAGGGGUAUUGGUGGUGUCAUUUCAUGAAUGAACUGGGGCAACCUUCAGAUUUGUAAUUGGACUUUAGUAUAGCACUGGGACUUGUGAGCCUUGAGAUUUAGUGAUGACCAAUCAGAAUGGGGGCUGAAGAAUCUCUGACUGGGAGCAGUAACUGGGACAUUUAAAGUAGAAGUGGAAGGCCAGGAGGGGCUUAUGGAUGAAGUUGGGAGUCUGGGAUCACGUGGAAGGCUGGAAAGUGAAUACUGAAUGAGUAGGAGAAAGCAGUGGGACAGCAUGUGAUAAGGACGGACCUGAUGAGGCCUCCUUGGUGACAGCUUGGUGGGAUUAGAGAUGUCCAGGUAGCAGCAGCCUUCACAGCCUUUGUCGUUUCCUGACUAAGACGAGUCGCCUUCCGAUCACAACGUCCUUAACCCAGACUGCCCUAGGUCACCAUGAUGGUGGAGUCGGCCCUCCAGUCAGGGUCAGGGUCCAGCUCCAGAUUCCCUGCCCAACCCGUCCACAUUCAAAGUCACCUACCGUUUUUCUUUUUGUUUUUUUUUAUUACUUUCUGGGUCAGUGUUGUCGCAUUUCAGUGAGUGAAAGCCUCGCACAUUAGCACCUUAACUUCCCCCUUAAUCUUAACUUCUGCAGUGAAGCUGCGAUAUCUCUGGUGACCUCUGCAGGCCACAGCUGGAAAUGCAAUUCAGCAAGAGUUGCAAAAAGCCAGGAGAUUAUUUGAUAAAAACUAAAUCGAGUAGACAAAAAGAAAAAUGUCGUUAAAUUCGAUCACAAGCACCUCUGAAAUGUGCAGGGCGAUUAGUCUAAACAAGCCAGUGGUCAUAGUGCCCCUGCACUUAUGGCGCCUUGCCCUUCAUUAUGGGGCACAGUUCUAUAUUAAUUGUGCAAUCAUGUUGCAUUUGGGAAUUGCUUUUUCAGAAGCCUGGCUGCCAUGUGCGUGCACAAUUGCGCCUUAGAAAUGUGUUGGCCACCUUCACACACACACACACACACACACACACACACACACACACACACACACACACACAGUGUCACGUGCCAUCUCUUUGCUCCUUUAAAAAAAAGACCUCCUGGGAUUUCAGUCGGAGGUCCCGAAAGGCGACCUUCUAAUCCUCGUUUAAGCGCUGCACCGAUAGACUAUUUUCAUCGUGUGGCCACUAAGAGGGCACCACAUACCAAACCUUCGACUCUAGUCCAGGUUCAAAGGCUGUUUUACUCUGAAAGAAAUCGCCUUUUCAAGUCCCGCUGAUUCAUUUGUGUGCUCCGUUUUUGCUCCCGCUACUGUAAAGAUGGACCUUCGGCUGAGCGACGAGUGCUCAGGUGUGUGAAUGGACACCCUCGGGAUUCAGUUACUUGGAUGAGGAUUCAAUAAAUUAUGUGCCACGAGAACCUGGGAAAUUAGAGUGACAUUUGACUCCGAUGAGAAUGGGAAAGGCGCUAUAUAAAUAUAAUGUAUUAUUAUUAUUGUACGACACGGCUUUGUGAAGUCCCGUCUCCACUUGGCACUGUACAAGUAAAGGCGCUAUAUUACAAGAAAUCCGAAGAUCAUUUGGUCAUUAAUGUAUUCGAGUGUGUCUGUAAAAUAAACCUCAAAUUAAAUACCUGAUUAAUAAAGGUUAGCGCGACUCCAAUUACGGCAGCAUGCUAUUACUUGCAAAUACGCUAGGCGGCACCCUUGCACUUCAUGUAAGAAUGUACUAUAAUGCGAGCGCGCUUUAAAAUGAAAACGUCUACGGCGUGAUAUUAAGAAUCGUAUGUAACUUAUCUUGGUGUGUUCGAUAUAGCGCCUUUUGCGACGGGUGCUGGUGAAAAUAUUGAAAUCAGCAUUGUGUAAACCUAAGAUAUUUUUGCUAAUGCAUUUAAUGGAAGGACAAAAUGCUAUCACUUGUGAGCUGCACCGCUGCUUAUUUAAGGUCGUCCACCAAACUAACCAAAGCAGAGGGCGUCGGAAUUGGGAGAUCACUAUGGGGUGACCAGUAAUGCUGCAGUUGGACAGCUGUUCAGUCCUAUUAUUAUUAUUAUUUAAAUGUGAUUAAAAGUAACCGGUCAAUCAGGUGGCACGAUCUCACGGGUUUUGUGCGUGACAGAGUUCCUUUUUCACUCCGUGUGUUUGCACCCGCGUGGUGUUCACAGUCCAGAGUGGCAGCACACCUCCAAUAUAAUAAAUGCAGACAAGACGCCUGUCAGCUGAUGUGUGAUUGGGAAUUUUUUUUUUUGUAGCACAGCCGGACUUUGAUCGCGAUCCGCGUGCAAUGCUGCCACCUGGCGGUCCUUGGCUACACUGCACUGCCGUUCUCCGACUGUCUUGACCCACUUGUUUGCCAACCUGAGGUCCUUGCUGCACAGUUUUCCGUAACGGCUUCUGAAAUGAACCCCACUAAUAAUUCAUUCAUUAUGUAACGGACUAAGGGGGUCUUACAGGAGAAGCUACCAAUUUUGUAUUUUUUGUCAACGGCUCUGAGAAGACAUGCAGCCUGACAGGUCUAACGGGAAUCUGCUGUUUUCGGGUUAGACACGGAGCCCCUCAAGCCGUUCAUAUGUGUGCGCCCGUGGUGCGAUUUAUUACCUUCACCAUAAAUAAAGGAUUAGCUAAGCAGCCAACGGUAACCUUAAAUAAAGAAAAGUGCGUUGCCCGAGCUGUCUGUUCAUAAAAUCGGAUUGAAACGCCUGUUGAAAAGCUUUGUCUGGGAAUGUGGCGAAGUCUAAUCUGCGCCUCUAAUCAUUUUGUAAACUUGCUCGUUUCUGUCGGCUCCAAUUCUUCUCCCUUUAAUUACCUUGAAGAGUUCAUUUAUUGGACAAUAAAUGGGAUUUUUUUUUUGUAACUAUUGUGGAUCCAGCCUACCUGUGCAAUUUGAAAUAAAAACUUUACAUCCUCCUCAAAAUACCGUUUGUGCA